CCAUACAGUGCCGUCAGUGAAUUUGUGUGGCGCCGUGUGAACUUUUCGUCUUCUCGAUCCCCAUGACGGCUGGCACAUGAAAUUAAUUCAACGCCAAGAGACCGAGGCUGAAACCCGAGAAUCGUCGGACCAACUGGACGUCAUUGUUGAUGCCGACGACGGGCAAUUCGCAACGCGUCAAGACCAAACUUGCGAAGUAAAGCCAUAAAUAUGGCGUCUCAUCAAAUAGCCAUUGCGAAGGCUACAUUCGCAGCAAGUUUACUGAGGCCAGACCCCGUACCAGUACCUCGCGAUGAUGUAGCGCAAUUCCACACGCUCCUCGGCGCCGUGUCGACACAGUGCUCACCAACAAAUAUCCAGAAGUGCAAACGAUGGGUUCUUUCCAAUGUCAUCCAGUCUACAACGCGAAUUACAGCUCUCGCGAAAUUUCUGGCCGCGCUCUCAGCCUCAUUUUCAGACGCAGAUAGAAGUGCAUUGGUGUCAGCUAAGAGGGAAACUUCAGCGAAAAGAAAGCGCCUACACAUACUAUACCUGAUCAGUGAUCUCAUUUACCAUACCAAGAUCCGCGAUAGAGAUACCUCUUUUGCCGACAACUUCCUACCUCUUCUCGCCAACCAUAUCUCCAGUGCCGCCUCUUUCAAAAAUAGCCCAAAGCAUUUGAGGAAGAUCCAGAGGUUGCUCGAUAUAUGGGAGGAGAAACACUACUACUCAACGAACGAUAUAAAUAAAAUCCGGCAGACAGUCGAGACCGCCCAACCAUCGAACUCAACGACGAACGAACCGGGAGACUCGGAUUCUAGGACAGUAUCUAAUGUCGCAGCCAAGUCCGCCAAAGAUGCCCCAUUUACGAUGCCUGCAAUGCAUGGCGACCAAAACCUACCGUGGUACGAUUUGCCAGCAGGGAAUCUCAUGCAGCAUAUUAUACCCAAUUCAACGAGGCCAAUUGAUCCGACCCUUGUCAAGCCUAUGCGGUUUGUGCCAGGGCAGGUGGAUGAAGAACUUCUUGCCUCCGUAAAGGCAUUUUUAGAGGAAGUUGAGACUAUCUAUGACCCAAUCGCCUGCCAGGAUGAAAACGAAUCCCGGGCUUGGGACGUGGACGAGGUUGGUCGCCGGAUUCUCCGAGACGAUCUGGGCGACGUGGUUGCAGGCGACGAAGGCUAUUAUGGAUGGUCAACUACGCUUUGUGAGAAGAUGAAGAAGAGGAUGAACAAAAACAAGUCUGGGCCUCCCGGAACCGAAAGGUCGAGGGUGCUGAAUCGCAACUCCAGCAGGAGUCGAAGUUCAAGCCGAGAUAGUCAUCACGCCAAGAAACGGCGGUAUGCCGGUUCUCAUGCCAGCAGCAGGAGCAGAAGCAGGAGCAGUAGCAGAAGCCGGAGUCCAAGCCAAAGCAGGUUCCGAGGCAGAAACAUCCCUUUCGAGGGUGCACAGCCAGAGAUGCCUACGCCGCACUCUGCCGCACCUCCGUAUCAUCAACAACAUCAGCAACAUCGGCAACACUUCCCGCCGCCGCCGCAGUCAACAUCUCAUCAUGCUGAUCACGGCCAACAAUACAAGCCGUGGCAACAACCUCCCCCUCCACCACAGUCCCCAGACGCAUCCCAAUGGCAGCAGCAACAACCGAUGCAUGGCUACCAGGCCACUGCGGGGGGCUGGCCCCCGCAGUAUCCUACUGGCAGAGAUUCUGGUCAACAACCGGGCGCACAUAGUGGAUCUGGUCAUGGCCAUAAUAACAGUCAUCCUGGAUACAGAGGGUACUGAAUGUAUUAUAAAUAUUCGGAUAAUCUUCACCACUUUCCAGUAGUGGUAGUUGAGAUACCAGCAAUAAAUACCAGCAAUGACCACGUAGCGAAGAAAGUUUAGAGCUAGCUCUAUAUUUACCAGUGCCUCACAAUUUUCCUCGUAUUUACUGUGCGCAGUGCAUGGAGACAAAGAGAGCGUCACUGGUUGGCCAUGGAUGGGCUAUUUCAACAUUGAGAAUAUCAGACGGGUCCAACCUCGGUAUUAUAGUUUAUAUAUGGCGGCGAUUAUAUUACGGAAUACAUAAGCCUAGUACGACAACUAAAGGGACAGCAAACCAAAGGUGCACAAUAAGUCGUCUUCGAUUCCGAUUCGGAAGGCGCCAAAAGAUAAGAUAAUUAUGCCAUACUAGAGUAUUCAGCGUCUAGCGUUUGGUGAUAAUCGUCUAACGGGUGCCGUUGACGCCCAAUUAAAACUCCCGCCCACGCCCGUUAUCAGCAUCCAGCUCAAGGCUGUU